UAGGAUCGGGGCUGCCCGGCGGGCCUGAAGUCGAAUACCUGAUUGAUUGCUGUUGCUAGUUUAUGGUGCACUCAGUCCACCAAUUAAAAGCCUCCUCCUCCUCAUGUUCCUCCUCAUUCUCCUCCUCACCCUCCUCCUCCCUCUCCUUAUUCUCCUUCUCUUCAUCAUCGGAGACGUUCAGUCUUGAUCAUCGGUCCUCUGAUCAAAUGUUUGCCAAACCGCUGUGUGGCUUUCACUUUCCCUUUGAUUCAUCUCCCCUCUCCCUCGCGCGUGCGAAGAUCGGUGACUCUCACAACGCGUUGAAUGCUUUUUCUUUUUGUGUUGCCGAAUGCUUUUCGACUUGAAGAGAGCAAACUCGAAUCGGAGGACCUCCACUGAGAAGCGAUCACAAUGGCAACGAACGUCGGCGGUUUGGUGGCGGUCAUCGUGUUUUACAUCGCCAUCCUGGCGACGGGCGUGUGGGCAUCGCGGAAGUCCAGAAAGACGGAGAAGCGAUCCAAAAGCAUGCGGAGCGAGAUGGCCAUGGUUGGGGACCGCAAAAUGAACGUAAUCGUCGGGAUCUUCACGACCACAGCCACGUGGGUUGGAGGGGCUUACAUCAACGGCACGGCGGAGGUCAUAUAUACGCCCGGAAUGGGCUUAGCGUGGAUGCAGGCUCCCAUCGGCAGUGCUGUCAGCCUAUUUGUCGCCGCGCUCUUCUUCGCAAAGCCCAUGCGCUCACGCACCUACAUCACGAUGAUUGACCCCUUUCAAAUCAAGUACGGAAAGUGGAUGGGGUCAAUCUUCUUCAUCCCGGCAGUCUUCGGAGACCUCUUCUGGGCAGCCGCCACUCUCACCGCGCUUGGCUCAACGAUCAGCGUCAUUCUGGACAUCGACAGGAUGAUCGCCGUGAUGAUUUCAGCCUUCGUUGCCAUCUUCUACACGCUUCUCGGAGGCCUCUAUUCCGUGGCUUACACUGACAUAAUCCAACUCGGCUUCAUCGCCAUUGGCUUGGUGGUGUGCGUGCCUUUCUCCAUGAUGAACCAGGCGGUGACCAACAUUGGCAACACCUUCACGCAGCCCCUCUACCAGGAGCCGUGGGUGGGCACCCUGAACCCCAGGGAUGUCACGCGCUGGCUUGACAACAUGGUCUACAUGAUCCUAGGCGGCAUCCCGUGGCAGGUGUAUUUCCAGCGCGUGCUGGCAGCGGGCUCUGUGGCCCAAGCCCAGUACAUCUCCUUCGUCUCGGCAUUCACCACCCUGCUGCUAGCAAUGCCACCGCUCCUCAUUGGCGCAGUGGCCGUCAGCACUGACUGGAAUAUGACCACCUACGGGUUGCCAACACCUCACGAGCGGGGAGAGAACGGUAUGAUCCUGCCCAUCGUGCUGCAGCACAUCUGCCCGUACUUCAUCUCCAUCCUGGGCAUGGGCGCUCUGGCGGCAGCCGUGAUGUCUUCCGCCGACUCGGCGCUUCUCUCGGCCAGUUCGCUCUUCACCAGAAACAUCUACGCGAAGCUCAUCCGUCCCAAGGCUUCCGACCGGGAGACGUUGUGGGUGCUGAGGAUUUCGAUUUUGGCCAUCGGCAGCAUGGCGAUGAUUCUGGCAAUCAAGACCGUGUCCACCUACAGCCUGUGGCUGCUGUGCGGAGACAUGGCGUACGUCAUCGUCUUCCCCCAGUUCUGCCUCGUCCUCUUCUUCCAAGCCAGCAACAGCUACGGCCUCGUCGUAGGCUUCGUCCUGGGCCUCUUUGUGAGACUCACAGGCGGCGAGGCCCUGCUCGGUCUUCCCGCGCUCUUCCACUACCCGGGCUACUACGAGGAGGGUGGCCUGGACUACCAGAUGUUCCCCAUGAAAACGCUUUCCAUGAUGGUCUCUUUGCUGAGCAACAUCGGCGUCUGUUACCUCACGCGCCACCUCUUCCUCUCCAAGAAGCUGCCGGCGCGGUUCGAUUUUUUCAACGAGUUCGGCGGACGGGGCAAGGACCCGGCGGACGGGACGGCGCCCUCCCGCGUCCCCCGCGGAACCGUCGAGCUGGCCGUAAUCUCGGACGAAGCGGUCGACCUCAAACACGAGAACGGCAGGGAGGGCAAGCCCGUGGAUGCUCUGCCUCAGUCCCAGUAACUCGUCCGGUGCGCAUUUACGGAUCGCAAGGAUUAGAAUCUAGAAGGUAAGGGGGCGGUAAAUCCAAUUUUGCUACCCCGGUUUACCCCAGGAUGCGUCCCUGAAUACUAGAACGUACAUCAAGUAGUACUUAAAUCGAAGAAAAGAGAGAUGAUGGAUUGUAACAUGGUACAGAACCUACUACUCGUGGCAGUCGGUACUACUACUAGAGAUGAGAUGGUGGAUCCUGACGUGGUACAGUACCUCGACAGAAGAUGCUCAGUAAACAAUUGCGCAUCCAUACUGCACAACUAUGAAAAGUAAGUGAAAAUUAUUGAUAUAUUACAAUAUAUCACCUUGUUCAAUUAAAAUAAUUGUAUUAUUAAUAGUUGUUUAGCAUAUAAAAAAUAGUUUACACUUGUACAAAAAGUCGCCAUGGGGGGGGGGGGAGGGGGGAUAUGUUAAUUGAGUACACUUGGAAGAGACGAUAGCCAAUCAGGGACGCUCUCGUUUGGGCGCCAUUUUGGCUCUUGAAUGUUCGCCAUGCAACGAAAAAAUUGCGUGGCUCGACGGUGAAGUUGGUAAUUCUCGAGUACGUCGUGGCGAGGUACACGGUGAGUAGAACGGGAUUGGGUAUCAGUAAGUCGAGGACGUUGUCGCCAAAAGUACGUGAUGCGGGAGGGUGUAAACCGGGGUAUUACAGGUAGAAACAACAGGUUCCACACUGCCCACCAGGGAUUAUUUGUCUGUCUGUCGUGCAAAACCACGCCCUCGAUUUGUAUUUCAUAGAGCGCUUCGGGCGGGCUCAGCACCACGUGAUGCGCUGUCCAACCAAGUUCCUACCUGCCCACUCCGAAGGAAUGUGUUGGUGUACAGUAGAACCCCCUCUCAACGACGGUAAUUGGUUCCAUGAUACCGGUCGUCAAAGUGAUCUGGUUGUUAAGCGAGUAUAUAGGAAAUACACGUUGAAGGCUUGAUUCGUUCCGGUAGCAUCGAACGCUGCUCCUUUUUACCGAAAAAAACGUACUUUAUAAUAUUGAAACAAUGGGUAUUAAUACGUAAAGAUGCUAACAACAUUAUAAAGACAAUAUUAAAAUAAAUGUGGUUCAUCAAUGCAAUAAAUUGAUAUUUACUGUACCUACAACAGAUUGUCUUUAACAGUGGAAUGGUCGGUAAGCGAACACAUUGGGCUCUAUGCAGGCACUGCACUACAAUAUACUACACUAUACACUACACUAUUAUACACUAUACACUACUAUAUACUACACUAAACACUACACUACUAUACACUACUAUAUACUACAUUACAAACUACUAUACACUGCACUACUAUACACUACAAUACACUAGUAUAUACACUACACGACUAUACACUACUAUAUACUACACUAUACACUACACUACUACACUCUACACUACUAUACUCUAUUAUACACUACACAUUGGGAUCUAUGCAAGCACUACACUACUAUAUACUACACUACACUAUUUUACACUAUACACUACUAUAUACUACACUAUAUACUACACUACUAUACACUGCACCACUAUACCCUACUAUAUACACUACACGACUAUACACUAGACUAUACACUACACUACUAUACACUAUUAUACACUACACUAUACACUACACACUACUAUACACUACACACUACUAUACACUACUGUAUACACUACACUACUAUACACUAGACUAUACACUAGACUAUACACUA